UGAAUGGGGAAAUUCCAUCAUGGCUUGGGAACUUACAGAGAGUUCGAAGGCUGGAAAUGAAAAAUAAUAACUUUACAGGCACAAUCCCUGAAACACUUGUUAACAUGUCUAAUCUAGAGAUCUUGAACUUGGGAUUCAAUCAAUUAUCUGGUCAGAUUCCAUCAAGUAUUUUUAAUUCAACUACGCUCGAAGAAAUAGCUCUAUUUAACAACAAAUUAGAAGGUAGUUUACCACCCAUCACCAAUGCUCCAAAGCUUGAGAUUCUUUUUUUGUGGGGAAAUAAACUUAGCCGAAACAUUCCCAACUCUAUCUCAAAUGCUUCCAUGCUUAAGAAACUAGUUGUGUCACAUAACUUAUUCUCUGGUCCAAUCCCUAAAACACUUGGCAACUUAAGACACCUUGAACGGUUCCGAAUCGUAAACAAUAAUUUGAUCACAGGAUCUGCUACUGAUCAUGAGUGGAGCUUUCUUUCUUCCUUGUCGAAUUGCAGGCAUUUGAGAAAAAUAGCGGUUUCAGGAAAUCCAUUGAGUGGCGUUCUUCCUACUCAUAUCGGGAACCUUUCAAAAUCCCUUCAAUACUUUUAUGCCCAUAAUUGUGAGCUUCAAGGCAUUAUUCCUAUGGAAAUAGGUAACUUAACCAACCUAUUGCUUUUACAACUUAGCUAUAAUAAAUUAAGUGGAUUGAUUCCAGCAUCAAUAGGAGGAAUGAGAAAUCUCCAAGGUCUAUUUCUUUCCUCUAAAAAUUAGGAGGGCCUAUCUCAGAAAGCCUCUGUGGUUUGGAGAGACUAUACAACUUGAAUUUAGGGUUGAAUAAGCUGCAUGGACCCAUACCCUCUUGUUUGGGUAAUAUUACUUCUUUGGGAUAUCUUUACUUAAAUUCCAACAAAUUGAGUUCCGCAAUACCUUCAAAUUUGUCGAAUCUUAAAGAUAUCUUAGAAAUAGAUUUAUCAUCAAACCAUCUCUAUUCACAUGCUAUUGAUGUUGGACAUUUGAGGACUCUACUGAAACUAAAUUUAUCAAGGAAUCUUCUCACGGGCGAUAUCUUAUCCACAUUUGGGGUUCUUCAAACUUUGGUUUCAUUAGAUUUAUCAAAUAAUAUACUACAUGGUCAUAUCCCUGAAUCAUUUGAUGGGUUGAUUAGUUUGGAAUUCUUGGAUUUAUGCAAUAACAAUCUCUCCGGAGUCAUUCCCAAAUCUUUGGAAAAGCUUUUAUAUCUAAAGUAUUUUAAUGUGUCUUUCAAUAGACUUGAAGGGGAAAUUCCCAGCAAAGGGUGUUUUUCAAACUUUUCUAGCACAUCAUUCAUGAAGAAUUAUGCACUUUGUGGUCCACCUAGGUUGCUAGUCCCACCUUGCAAAAACGACAUCCACAAAAACUCCCAAAUGAUUAUACUGCAUGCUUUCAGGUAUGGUUUACCAACAAUUGGUACUGUCGUAGUACUAAUAGUCUUAACUAUUAUGUAUAGAAGAUGCCAAAGGAGGAGUACAACUCUACCAAUUAAAGAUGAUUUGUUGUCUUUGAAAACACCGAGAAGAAUUUCACAUGCUGAACUUUCCCGAGCAACUAAUGGAUUUGAGGAAAGCAAUAUGCUUGGUUCAGGGAGUUUUGGAUGUGUAUAUAAAGGGAGGCUUUCAGAUGGAAUGGAAGUUGCAAUAAAAGUUUUCAAUUUGCAAACAGAUGGAGCAUUUAGGAGUUUUGACAUUGAAUGUGAUGCUAUGCGUAAUAUAGUUCAUCGUAAUAUUGUGAAGGUCAUUACUUGCUGCUCAAGUGUUGACUUCAAAGCCUUGGUGCUUGAUUACAUGUCUAAUGGAAACCUUGAGAAAUGGUUACAUUUUGAAAAUUGCUUCCUUGAUAUCAUACAAAGGGUCGACAUAAUGAUAGAUGUUGCGGUAGCUAUAGAACACCUCCACAAUGGACAUCCAACACCUAUAAUUCAUUGUGACAUAAAACCAAGCAAUAUUUUACUAGAUGAAGACAUGGUUGCACAUGUUGGAGAUUUUGGCGUUGCCAAAUUGUUGGGAGAAGGUGAAGUAAUGAAGCAAACCAUGACUCUUGCAACUAUAGGGUAUAUGGCACCAGAAUUUGGAACAGCAGCAAUUGUUUCUAUAAAAUCUGACGUCUAUAGUUAUGGGAUCGUCCUUAUAGAAACUUUCACAAAGAAAAAGCCAACUGAUAAUGUUUUUGUUGAAGAAGAGACUAUAAGGCAUUGGAUGGAAAGUUCAUUGCCUAAAGGAGCGAUAGAAAUUGCAGAUGUUGAUUUACUAAGAAGAGAGGAUGAGUACAUUGUUGUUAAAGCAAAUUGUAUUUCAUCUAUCAUGGAGUUGGCUUUGAAUUGUUCAGCUGAGUUACCAGAAGAAAGAAAAGAUAUGAAAGAUGUUGUGGUUGAGCUGAAGAAAAUCAAACAAAGGUUGCUAAACAACAUCCAACAUUUUUAACAGAGAUGGUGAGUAAUGAGUACACUUGUGGUUAUUAAUUCACACUUAAUUUUAUCUUUAAUUCAACAUUUUUAAUCAUAUAUAUAAUAUGUCGGUAUUCGUAAAAAUUAAUAAACCAUUGUUUUUCUUUUGCUCUCACGUACUAGGCUCUCUUCAAAAUCAAAAUGCAAACCAAUAAAAUGCAUUAAAUUUCGACAUCAAGUUAUUUUCUUUGUUAGAUUGGAUUUUCAUAGUUUCUUUUUUUAUUUACGAUAUAAUUUUAUUUCCAUCUUUUGCCAAAGGUUUUAUUAGGGGCGAAGCCAGAAAAUCUUUUAGGGAUUGAAAUUAAAUUAUAAUUUUUACAAUGGUAAAAAUGCAAUUUCACCGUUUUAAUAGCCUAUAUUUUUAUAUUUUUUAAAGGAUUAAAUCAAAGUUUUAUCAUUUUUGGGGGAGCCAAAGUACAAUUUUACGUUUAUUAAUUUAAAAUUUUAAAAAUUUUGAAGGGCCUAAAUGGAAACUUUUUCAUUUUAAGGGGGGUUGGGACCCCUACCAACUCUCCUAGGUACGGCCCUAUUAAAAAAGCCCUCAACAAAUGGUAUUUUUCUCAUGUUAAGGUUUUGUCUCUUGAUUCCGCUAAGAGCCCUAUAGGUUCAUGUAGAUGGUUGCAAGAUAAAGGCUAUUAUGGGUGAUCGUAGUUUAUCCAAUCAAUGACAUAUAAGUUUUAUCGGUUUUCAAGUAUUUGCUAACUCUUUCUCUUUAUU